CUCUCCCCAAACCAAUCCCUCCUUGAACCUCCCACGUUGGGGUAAUAAUUAAUUAUCUAGGCUUUGAAAACUCAGGAGCUGAUUAUCUCGGUAAUCCCUAUUCACAAAUCAACUAAACCUCCCAAAUGGCGUCCGCAGAGGUGCAGAAAGUGCCCGUUUACUCGGUCAAUGACCUGAAGUCUACCACAGACGAUGCCCUGGCACCAUACCUUGGCUACCUCCCACAGCCCUACACCUUCGCCCAAGACCACACCAAGACCAAUGUCCACCUGUUCCUGGGCUACGCUGCCGUCGCGAUAGCCGGAUUCAGCUUCUAUGCGGAACGCAAGCUACAGUGGGAGUCGACGCACUCGCCGUGGAUUAUCGCGGCGGUGUUGACCUACUUCACGCUGAACUCUAUCCUCACGUACUGGGUCUGGGCGGUCGAGGCGGGCGAGGUAUUUCGGGGCAAGCGCAAGUCGGGUGAAACGAUCUCCAUUCGUUCGUCGGCAAAGAAGCACUCCUCUCUUUACAAGCUCCAGGUUCAGCAUAAGUCGGCGCAGGGCAAGGUGUUGCAGGAGAAGGAGAUCGAGACGUCGUUCACGAGGUGGUUCGCUGCGGAUGGAACGUUCCACCCCGAGCCUCUGCGGAAUUGGCUGGCCAGUGAGAUUGAGGUUCUUCGGCUUGCGGCGAAGGAGACAGAGAAGAAGACCGGGGGUGUUGCGAGCUUGGUGGGGGUUCAGGAGACGGGUGAUGUUAAGAGAAAGUGAUUUGCGUUGCGAUGUGGGCUAUUGGCAAUUAGUGUGGCUUGGAAAAGGCAUAGGAGUUUGUCCCAGGUUGUAUCAGUCUCUGAAAUGAAACCAUUUUGUUGUUCAAUUGAAGGGGGUGUUCUCAUUGUGGGUCAUAAGCAACAAGUAUAUCUGGAUGAUUCAUGUAUAUUCAUUUCUCAUGCGUUGAGUUGCUCAGCGAAACCAGAGCCAUGUGGGGUUCUAACCAAAAUGCGACAAAGCUUUUGUCUUUUUAUGCAAGUCGAGUUACAUAUAAUAUAUGACUC